AUGGGCGGACUGUAUGAAGUGACUAGGCUACGCAAUAUUCGAAGUAAUCAGGCGAAGCUUGAUAUUUCGGGGCCGAGCGGAGAAGAGAAGAUGGACGAUUUUAUCUCUAGAGGGGUAAUUAGUGAGGAGGAAGCAGAAGAUCUUUAUCGGAUCUUUCAUAUAUCGCUGAAUCACUAUCUCUGGGUUGGCCUAGAGCAGAUACACAACAGCUUAGCCUCUGUUCGCCGCUCAUCGCAACUACUCACGGCGACGAUCUUGACCGUGACGGCCCUUCAUAUACCGUCCAGUGCUAAAACAUUCGAUGACUGCUAUAGUGAAUUCCUCAGUCUUAUUUCAUCUUCGAUGUUUUCCCGAUAUCACUCUGUGGAUGAUGUCCGGGCUCUCUGCAUUGCCGCUUUCUGGCUUUCUGAUGUCUCUUGGAAGCUUUCAGGACACGCCAUUCGCAUUGCCACCGAACUAAAUAUUCACCAAUCCUUUUUCAAAGCCUUAGAGGGUGACCCCGAGCACUUUUUAAGAGCAAGGCUUUGCUAUGUUUGCGACCACCACUUUAGCAUCGCCUACGGACGACCUCCAAUGAUAAGCGAGAGUCUCCAGAUAAGAGAACAUGAGAUAUUUCUCGAUCUUCCACUCGCAGAUGCUAUUGAUUUUCGUGUCCUGUCGCAAGUCUCCUUAUUCCAAAUAUUGACUCGCGUACAUGAUUGCUUUGCUGAGAGAAGACUCCCGCAUCAAGAUACCACGCGGGCCCUACUGUCUGAGAUGAAUUUCCCUCAGAUGCGAUGUUUUAACCUGGAGAUUGAUAAAUGGAGAAUUCUGUGGCAGUCCCGCCAAGUGGCAAAUAAAUACAUUGGAUCGUUUCCACCAAAGGGAAUUGUUCUCUAUUCAUAUUUCGCUAAAUUUCAGCUUAACUCCUUCGCUGUCCGAGGCAUAAAUAUUUAUGAAGGAAUUAUCUCUACAGAACGCAAGGAAUUUGCGAACAUGGCUGUCUCGGCUGCAGCAAGCUCGCUCACAUUUGUUCUUGAAGAGGAAGAUCUUCGUCGUGCUUUAGUGGGCACGCCUUUAUAUGUCCAUACUAUGAUUGCAUUCUCUGCAGUCUUCCUCAUGAAAGUGGCGACAAAGUGGAAUGCGGUUGGCUUCAAUAUUGAUCCUGCAUUUGUGUGGGAUUUGCUCGACCGAGUGAUCCAUCUUCUCAAGACAACAAUAACUAGUAAGCGACAUCUACUUUAUCACAUCGGAGCCGGACUUGAGAAAAUGAGGACAAGGCUUCUGGAGCAAGAGAAUGAUCCCCAGAGUAGCACACCGCUUCAUCAGCAAUACCAGACCCCGUUUGGAUGCUGUGGUGAUAGUGAGAAUACAAUCAAUCAACCAACGUGCAUUCAUGACCGGAGUGGAGACUUUGGUUCUUCUACUUGGACCAAUAGCUCUCAGAUGGCUGCUGUGGAUGAAUUUCCGAACGAAACUGAUGGCAUGAAGAAAAGGACUGCCCCCGAGACAGAAUCCGGAUUUGAUCAAAUAAUGUCCAUGAGCAAUGACUUGAUAUACGAGGUUUUUGGAGAGAAUGAGUCAUCCUAUGAUGUUUACAGCCUUCUGAGCAGUCAAUUUGCAGGAUAA